AUGCGGCUUCCCCUUUCUUGCGCUCGUCCACUUUUGAGGACUGUCAAUGCACGUCUAGCACCCUCGUCGUCUCGCGCGGCCCCACGCUGUGCCCAAAUCUUCAGGCGAACGCUGACGUCCAACUCAGAUGACGCCGCCUCCCUCGAGGCCUCAGAGCACGAUCUACGCUUUGGCUGCUACGACGUGAUCCUUCCUACUGAACCUUACGCAUGGGGAACGGCCCAUAUAAUCCCGCGUGGCGUUCCUCCACACAUUUCUAGACCGCCUUACGCUCCUGAGCUGCUAGAACCUGGUGCAGACGCGUCUACGGCUGAGGAGGACAUCGCCACCACCAAGCGGAAAUUCAUCACCGACGCAGAAGAUUUGGUAAAGCUUCGGCGCGCGGCACGUCUGGCCAGCGACGUGCUGACCUUCGCUGGAAGCUUGGUGCAGGUUGGUCGGACCACAGACGCGAUGGACGCGGCGGUGCAUGAGCUCGUACUCGCAUGUGGCGCAUACCCGUCCCCGCUGCGCUACAAAGGUUUUCCCAAGGCAUGUUGUACGAGCGUGAACAAUGUCAUUACACACGGCAUCCCGGACGAUCGGCCAUUGCAGGACGGAGAUAUUGUGAAUGUAGAUAUCACCGUCUACUUGGAUGGGUUCCACGGCGACACGUCCAGGACGUUCUUAGUGGGCGAAGUUGACGAGAAAGGGCGCGAGCUCGUAGAGAUCACCGAGGCGGCCCUCGAGGCAGGCAUCUCCGCAUGUGGUCCCGGGCGGCCAUUCAAAGGCAUAGGCCGUGCCAUACAUGAGCUGCUCAAAGGGAAGGAUUUCAGCGCCUCGCCUCAAUUCACUGGGCACGGUAUCGGGCGGGAAUUCCAUCGGCAGCCAUGGAUAUACCAUGAAUUGAACGAGGAGCCCGGGCAGAUGCAACCCGGAGACUGCUUCACCAUCGAGCCUGCUAUCGUACAGGGGACUGAGCCUUUGGGGUGGACUUUCCCGGAUGGCUGGACGGUGUCGACCGAGAACUGCGCUCGUGCAGCACAAGCGGAACACAUGGUCCUGAUCACUGACAGCGGUGCAGAGGUACUUACGCGUCCAUAGGAGCCAUAGUGCGCAUUCUAGACAUAAUGCCCUAUACACUAUUGCAUGCGCGUCUUCGCUAGGAAAUGCAAUGGG